UACUAAAAUGCCAUAUUCCGUAACGGGAUGAAAACGGAAAAGGACGGAUCGGCAACGAGUAAAUACAAUUUAUCGUUUGAAAAGUGUCGAAGGCAGUAGUCGAAGGUAAAGACUUUAUGUCAAUUAUUACAUCUCGUUAAAAGAUUACGUCAAACGCUCGUAAACGUUCAUUGGAGUAUCAAGUGACUAUAACGAGGAAAUUAAUAAAUCAACAAAUUGGGCCAUUCAACGAGAUGCUUUAUAGGAUUUAAAAGGACAACAAUCUUUUUCUCGGCUAUUAUCGUGCAAGCGACAAAACACCAUUACUACAAAAUACUCAAAGCAAUAUGGCAGAAAAAACAGGAAUUUCUCAAGAAACCCUUGUUUCCCAAGCUGGACAAACGAUUAAAGCAAAAAGGCUUCCUCAAUAUAUCGCAAGUUUAGCAGCUACAUUAGGAGCAGUGGCAGCAGGAAUGACAUUAGGAUGGACUUCACCAGCUGGAACAAAUGGUGUCAAUUUAGCAGCUACAUAUGGUUUCUCUAUUACUUCAGAAGAGUUUUCAUGGAUCGGAGCGUUCACGCCACUUGGCGCUGCAGUAGUGUGUAUACCGAUUGGUAUUCUUUCAGAUAUAAUAGGAAGAAGGAUUUCUAUGUUAAUACUCACAGUUCCUUUUACAAUUGGCUGGCUAUGUAUUAUCUUUGCCAAUUCUGUAACUAUGUUUUAUGUUGGAAGAUUUAUUACAGGUCUUAGCGGUGGAGCUUUUUGUGUGACAGCUCCAAUGUAUACCGCAGAAAUAGCUGAAAGUGCAAUUCGUGGAAGUGUGGGUUCAUAUUUUCAGUUACUUCUCUCUGUAGGUAUUCUACUAGCUUACCUUCUAGGUACCUGCGUAGAUAUGUUUUACCUAUCCAUUAUAUCUGCGACUGUGCCAUUAAUCUUUUGUGUAAUAUUCUUCUUCAUGCCUGAAACUCCUACAUUUUAUUUAAUGAAGGAAAAUGAAGAUGCUGCUAGAGCAAGUUAUAUUCGACUUCGCGGAAAUCAAUAUAAUGUAGAACCAGAAUUAACUGUACAAAAAGAGGCACUAGAAGAAUCUAGAAGAAACAAAGUAUCUUUUCUAACAGCAUUGAAAUCAAAAGCUUGUAUUAAAGCUAUAAUAAUAUCGUAUGGCCUUAUGUUAUUUCAACAAUUGAGCGGAGUAAAUGCUAUUAUAUUUUAUGUUGGUUCUAUAUUUUCCUCAGCAGGUGGUUCUCUUAAACCUGAUGUAGCUAGUAUCAUAGUAGGUGCAAUGCAAGUAGGUGCAGUAUUUGUUAGUACAUUGAUAGUUGAUCGUUUAGGUAGAAGAUUAUUGCUUUUAAUAUCUAUUGUUGCUAUGUUUUUAUGUACCCUCAUACUUGGUAUUUACUUCUAUCUUACGACAGUAACAGAUACAAGUAAUAUAGGCUGGUUACCUCUUUUAUCUGUUUGCGUUUUUAUCAUUUUAUUUUCACUUGGAUUUGGUCCUCUUCCAUGGAUGAUGAUUGGAGAACUUUUUGCUCCAGAAAUCAAAGGUAUUGCUGGCAGUAGCGCUUGCUUAUUGAAUUGGUUAAUGGCAUUUAUUGUUACUAAAAUUUAUUCUAAUUUAAACAAUGCUUUACAAUCUUAUGGUACAUUUUGGUUAUUUUCACUGAUUUGUGGUAUUGGUAUCGCCUUUGUCCUAUUGUUGGUUCCAGAAACAAAAGGAAAGACAUUAGAACAAAUCCAACGUGAAUUAAAUACAUAGUUAGGUAUUAGAAGAAAUCUCUAAUAUGUAAAAUACACUUUUAUGUAAGAGAUUAAACGUUUCCAUAUUGCAAGACUGAUUCUUUUGUAAAUUUUGAAAGUCUGUAAUAUGUUUUAGACGAAUAUAUGCAUAUAUAUAUAUAUAUAUAUAUAUA